AUGCCUCCUAAGAAGGCCGGUGGUGCAAAAUCUGGAGGUAAAUCUGGCAAAGCUGAAGAUUCCGGCGAUAAAGGUAAAGAGAAAAAAGGUGGCACAGCGGUAAAAGUGAGACACAUCUUGUGCGAAAAACAAAGCAAAUGCCUGGAAGCGUUGGAAAAGCUGAAAGCCGGACAAAAGUUUCCAGAAGUUGCUGCCACUUACAGCGAAGACAAGGCGAGAUCCGGAGGUGAUUUGGGAUGGAUGACGCGCGGUUCUAUGGUGGGGCCUUUCCAGGAUGCUGCCUUCGCUUUACCCAUAUCUACAGUUAACAGUCCAAUUUAUACUGAUCCACCUGUGAAGACAAAGUUUGGCUAUCAUAUUAUCAUGGUGGAGGGUAAAAAAUGA